AUGAGUAACGCCGAGCUUGACCAGAAGAUUGCGGACACUUGGAAGCAUAUCCAGACCGAGCGCAAGAUCUUGGAGGCAACGCAGCUUUUGCGCCAGGCUACCACAAAUCAGGAUGUCCUUAGACGAAAUGAAGCCAAGAUCAGGGAAACUGAGCGUUCUCUCGCUUAUUUCGAAGAUACCCUUCGCGAACUACAAGCUAGGAAAGCACAGCAAAUGCAACGAGAUGAUCCCUCGCGAUUUCCAGGCUCAUCCACACCCCAGGUGCCCCCCAAGGAGUUCGAUCCCACGAAUCGUGGACGUUAUUCAACCUCACCCGAAGCAGGGUACUCAAUGGGCCGGGCAGCUCAAGAGAGUCCGGCAGCAAAAGCAAAGACGUAUACCAAUCUGGAUCUGAUCAAAGCGGACACCCCAUUUACCCCGAAGAAGAUUUCUCGAAUGUUGCAUCAACUAGAAUUUAAGCACCAAGUCGAGAUGCAGUAUAAACAGGGAAUCGACAAAAUGGCAAAGCUAUAUCAAGCUGAUGGCGAUAAAAAGUCAAAGGCGGAUGCUGAAAGCAAGAGAGUAGAAAGUGAAAAGAAAAUCCAGCUCCUCGAAUUAGCUCUCAAACGGUACAAGAACUUGCAUAUCUUGGACGAUGUUGCUGAAGAUGAGGAGACCGAUGGUCCGACCAAUGAUGGCGGGGAGCGCAAGGAUAAACUGCGUUCGAAGCCCCUUUCAGGGACCCUGUAUGUGACGGUAAAGGGCGCGCGCGAACUUGACCAUGCCCCCAUCGUCACCAGAUCGCGCUCUGCGUCUAAGCAAGUCACUGAAACACACGUCUCCGUUAAGGUGGAAGGAACGCAGUUGGCCAGGUCUCACCCUUCCCGCACUGACCGAUGGAAUGAGGAUUUCGAAAUAACCGUCGAUAAAGCUAACGAAGUCGAAAUCGUGGUCUACGACAAACAAGUAAGUGAGCCUCACGCAGUGCCCAUUGGGCUUCUGUGGAUCCGAAUUACCGAUUUGGUCGAUGCUCUGCGGCGCCAGAAAGUAGGAAUGGAAGGGCAGGGUGGAUGGGUUACGGCAGGAGCGAUGCCAGGUGACAGCGCCGUGAAUGCACCCAUGUCACCAACGUUAGGAGAUAUGAAUGCGCCACUCAAUUACGGAGACGGAGGUCCCAUGGGACAGGGAGCACCGACGACGACGGAUGGCAUUGAUGCCUGGUUCGCCGUUGAGCCCGCGGGAGCAAUUGCUUUGCACCUAGACUUCGUCAAAGAAAAUGUGCGCAAACGCCCGUUGGACGGCGGUCUUGGGGGACUUGGUCGACAGGGGGCUGUCCGCAAGCGCAAAGGCGAAGUCCAUGAAAUGAACGGCCACAAAUUUGUCCAACGACAAUUUUACCAGCUCAUGUUAUGCGCCUUCUGUAAUGAUUUCUUGCUCAAUGCCCUCGGAUAUCAAUGUGAAGACUGUCGCUAUACUUGCCAUAAAAAAUGUUAUGAGAAGGUGGUAACGAAGUGUAUUUCGAAAUCCAACACUGGGGAAGGUGACGAGGAGAAGAUUAACCAUCGCAUUCCCCACCGCUUCGAACCCCUUACGAACAUUGGGGCAAACUGGUGUUGCCAUUGUGGUUAUAUGCUUCCUCUCGGGCGUAAAAAUGCACGAAAAUGCUCAGAGUGCGAUAUUACAUGCCACGCCAAUUGCGCCCAUCUCGUUCCAGAUUUCUGCGGCAUGUCGAUGGAAACAGCGAAUGAGUUACUUCGCAACUGGCGCGAUAUCAACAGGGCUCGCGGCGACAAAGCGCAAUCCCGCCCAGGUCCUCGUCAGCAUCCCGAAUAUUCUCAUACAACAUCUCCAUCACUUGACUCACAAAUGGGAAACGCCAUGGAUCGUAUGAGAAUAGGCUCUGCUCCAGAAGUUCCCGCCGUCGAUGCAUACGGGAGACCUACGUCUCUCCCUGCUACUCCUGAUCGAUACUCCUCAGACCCUCGUUACAAUCAAGCACCUUCACAGCCGUCUGUUCAAUCUCCUCCCUUUGGUUCAAAACCUCCACCUGGAGCAAGGGUCCCAAUACCAUCUGGAUACCCACAAGAAACAACACCACUCCCGUCGAGGCCCCCUCCAGGCGCUUAUGAUCCAAGCAGAGGCGACGGUUAUUCGCCUGUCCGACCACCCCAACAAGUGCCCAUAAUGAAACCACUAAGCACUUCACCUACAUCUAUUCAGCAACGGCUACCUGACCGCCAGAGUACCAUACCCACGCCUCCUCCUCCGCCGCCGCCGCAGCGUAUCCAACAGCUGCAACAACAACCUGUUCGACAGCAGACGCGAAAGAGAAAGGUUGGCCUAGAUGAUUUCAACUUUUUGGCCGUCCUCGGAAAAGGCAAUUUCGGGAAGGUCAUGCUCGCUGAAGAAAAGAAGACAAAUGGACUUUACGCGAUCAAAGUUUUGAAAAAGGAGUUUAUAAUUGACAAUGACGAAGUGGAGAGCACUCGCUCCGAGAAACGUGUAUUUCUGGCUGCUGCUCGCGAACGCCAUCCAUUCUUGCUUGGUCUUCACUCUUGCUUUCAAACCGAAACGCGUGUCUACUUCGUAAUGGAGUAUGUCAGCGGUGGAGAUCUGAUGUUGCACAUCCAACGAAAGCAAUUCUCUCUCCGACAAGCCAAGUUCUAUGCAUCGGAAGUUCUCCUCGCGCUUGAGUACUUCCACGCAAAUGGAAUUAUAUACCGGGAUCUGAAACUUGAUAACAUCUUGCUUACUCUUGAUGGGCACGUCAAGGUUGCUGACUAUGGUCUGUGUAAGGAAGAAAUGUGGUACGGCAACACGACGAGCACCUUUUGCGGCACUCCCGAGUUCAUGGCACCAGAGAUUCUACUUGAACAACGAUAUGGCCGUGCCGUUGAUUGGUGGGCGUUCGGCGUAUUAACUUACGAGAUGCUUCUUGGGCAAUCCCCAUUCCGUGGGGACGACGAGGACGAAAUCUUCGACGCCAUCCUCGAGGAUGAGCCGCUGUAUCCUAUCACCAUGCCUAGAGAUGCUGUGUCGAUCUUGCAAAAGUUGUUGACCCGAGACCCAACACGCCGCCUUGGCUCUGGGAAAGAGGAUGCAGAGGAAAUUAAAAAGCAGCCUUUCUUCAAGGAUGUGAAUUUCGAUGAUGUUCUGAACAAACGCAUCCCGCCCCCGUACUUCCCAACAAUUAAUGGGAGUGCCGAUACCAGUAAUUUCGACGAGGAAUUCACUCGAGAACAGCCUACCCUUACCCCUGUACAUGGCCAGCUGUCGUCCAAAGACCAGGCGGAAUUUAAUGGAUUUUCUUGGGUGGCAGCGUGGGCUGAUAUAUAA